CGUACGUAGUACCUGUAGGAAUUACAGUACUAGAUGAAAUACAGUAUGAACUAUGAAAUAUGGCAUAUGUUCAUACCAGAACAGGUACGUUCAUACCCAAAGCGGAUUAUGAAUUAUGACUCCAUUGAUUUACUCUAUGUACGUACUGUAUCUACUUACGGUGGGCGUACAGUACAAACAUUUAUUUUUUGGUCGCGCAAGCACGGUGAUGUGGGGAAAAUAUUUUGUUUAAUCCAAAGCACCUCUCUACCGGUACGAACAAGAAUUAGUCCAUUUUCUGAUUGAGUCAGAUACCAAACGCCAUAAAGCAAUCAGGUCCGCAAGGAGUUCAGGUUUUGAUCUUCCGGAAACAUCGUUUUUUCUUCGUCUUUAUUUCCUUUGUUAGUUAAAGAAACGCCAUGAGAUCUGCACGCACCCUCUACCAUCCCUUGAACCACAUCUGGCUUCGAGCGGCGAAGCACGUUCCGACGAAAAACGGAUCCACAGGGUUGCCGCGGCAGCAAUCCCAUCGAUUCCUGGAAAUGGGCCUCACGGAACGGGGGAUGGAAGACAUCGGGGACAUUACCUCCGUUCGGUGGUCGGACCGCAUUUCGAGAGACCACCGCCGGUGCGACGCCGAGAAAAGCGUCGUCACCGCAGAUGUACAAAGGGGGGACGAGCUGAUGCACAUCCACUUCGACGGCCACGCCAUAACCAGCGCGGACGAACUGUACCACACGGUGUGGGAAACCUUCUCGGACCGCCUGUCGAUCGCAUCCCCGCUGUCGGGGACCAUACGUCGGAACGGCAGCCACGGGGACGACACCGAGGGAUUGGAAUCGCUGGAGACAGACGGCAUCGACGACGACACCGUCCUGCUGGAAAUCACGGCGACGGAAGAGGAAUGGAACCGGGCAUCCCGGGAAAACGGGUUCGUGACGGAAUCGGAAUACCUGGAAAUUACAGAGCGAGAGCCACGGGGGGCUUUCCAUUGAUGAAGCCAGAGGCAAUUGCUUUAAACAAUCGAUUUAUCAUAUAGAGCGGCUUGUACUUUUCCUUUAAUCAUUUACGGAAUGCGUUGCUUGGGUUCACGACAAUCGAAUCUUUUGUAGUAGCAAUCAGGUUAAACAGUAUCAUUCC